UUUUUAAAUAAAAAAAAAACUAUUUUCUUUUUAUAUGUGGCUUAUUUCAAAUGUGCAACUUUAAAAAAAGGGGGUUUAUAUGCACCAUGUUCUUUUUCCUCUUUUUAUUAAUCAUUAUUAGACCAUGUCAAAAGAUCCUUGGGAUGAUUGGGAAACAGCGACAGAGGCUGGUUUAAACGAUAUUCCUAAAUCAAAAACAUUGUCAAAUCAACAAUUAUGGGAAAAAGCCAACGCUUAUUCAACUCCCAUGAUUGUUCAUACCAAUCAAAAACAUACUGAAUAUAAACCAGAGCUUAAAAUCUUGAAAAGAUCAGCAGACAUCAAACCUGAUUUAGAUCCUGCUAAAAAGACAGUACAGGUCAAAGCAUUGGCUCAAAGACAAAAAGACUAUGAAGAAGCCAAACGUCGCAUCGAAGAAAAGUUUAAUAAAAAAUCAUAGUCUUCGGACUUUUAGAUAGUGACUAGUUUCCUCUAAACAAAGCGCAGCGGUCU